AUGCCAGGGAGUGACGCGCGAUGCGGGCGCUCCCUGCGGCGGCUCGGCGCACCUGCGCGCUCGGCGACGCGACGUAACCUCGAUCCCCGCAAGGACGCGACGCCGCCGGACCGGACCGGCAGCUGCGCAGGUGCAGAGGAGCGCCUUUCCCCCACCCACUCCCCUCCCCCCUCCCCGCGGCGCGCGUGUGUGCGAGAAGCUUCUGGGCACUUCCGCGAGCCUCGCCGCCACACGUGUGCCUCGUCCGAGAGCGCCGUGUCCACGGACUGCAAGAAGCUGAACACAGUACCGUGGACCUGCAACGUCAUGCUGCCCGACGGAGAGGCGUCGAAGGCUCUAUCGGACCUAGCCGUUGUCAUCUGGUACGACACGUACAUUUAUCUAACUACAAAGACUUGGCCCAACGCCGCCGAGGACGAGUGUAGUAGCAGGAAGAGUCUGGAGGCGAGCGCCGAGUGCCGCAGCGACGAGUGGGACCAGCAGGCCUACAGGACGUCCCGGAGCGAGUGCCGGCGGACAGCGAGUCCUCCACUCGCCGUGGGGACUGCCUGUCCGGCGCUGAGACAGAAGGCAGGACCCACGUUCAAGUCCUCGCAUCAGGAAGGACCCAGAUUCAAGUCCUUGCAUCAGGAAGGACCCAGGUUCCAGUCCUCGGGUCAGACAGGACCCAGGUUCAAGUCCUCGCAUCAGGAAGGACCCAGGUUCAAGUCCUCGCAUCAGGAAGGACCCAGGUUCCAGUCCUCGGGUCAGACAGGACCCAGGUUCAAGUCCUCGCAUCAGGAAGGACCCAGGUUCAAGUCCUUGCAUCAGGAAGGACCCAGGUUCCAGUCCUCGGGUCAGACAGGACCCAGGUUCAAGUCCUCGCAUCAGGAAGGACCCAGGUUCAAGUCCUCGCAUCAGGAAGGACCCAGGUUCCAGUCCUCGGGUCAGACAGGACCCAGGUUCAAGUCCUCGGGUCAGGCAGGAUCCAGGUUCAAGUCCUCGGGACCCACGUUCAAGUCCUCGCAUCAGGAAGGACCCAGGUUCAAGUCCUCGCAUCAGGAAGGACCCAGGUUCCAGUCCUCGGGUCAGACAGGACCCAGGUUCAAGUCCUCGGGUCAGGCAGGAUCCAGGUUGAAGUCCUCGGGUCAGGCAGGACCCAGGUUCAAGUCCUCGGGUCAGGAAGGACCCAGGUUCAAGUCCUCGGGUCAGGCAGGUCCCAGGUUGAAGUCCUCGGGUCAGGCAGGACCCAGGUUCAAGUCCUCGCAUCAGGAAGGACCCAGGUUCCAGUCCUCGGGUCAGACAGGACCCAGGUUCAAGUCCUCGGGUCAGGCAGGAUCCAGGUUCAAGUCCUCGGGUCAGGCAGGACCCAGGUUCAAGUCCUCGGGUCAGGAAGGACCCAGGUUCAAGUCCUCGUGUCAGGCAGGACCCAGGUUCAAGUCUUCGGGUCAGGCAGGACCCAGGUUCAAGUCCUCGCAUCAGGAAGGACCCAGGUUCCAGUCCUCAGGUCAGGCAGGACCCAGGUUCAAGUCCUCGGGUCAGGCACGAUCCAGGUUCAAGUCCUCGGGUCAGGAAGGACCCAGGUUCCAGUCCUCGGGUCAGGCAGGACCCAGGUUCAAGUCCUCGGGUCAGGCAGGACCCAGGUUCAAGUCUUCGGGUCAGGAAGGACCCAGGUUCAAGUCCUCGGGUCAGGCAGGACCCAGGUUCCAGUCCUCGGGUCAGGAAGGACCCAGGUUCCAGUCCUCGGGUCAGGCAGGACCCAGGUUCAAGUCCUCGCAUCAGGAAGGACCCAGGUUCCAGUCCUCGGGUCAGGCAGGAUCCAGGUUCAAGUCCUCGGGUCAGGCAGGAUCCAGGUUCAAGUCCUCGGCACAAACACCCCAACUCGCCGACUCGUGGCCUCCGAGGGGACUGCACCCCUCGGAGCGGCCCGCUCAACUCCUCACGCCCGCUUGUCACUUGCUGCAGGACGCUGCAAGCCCGCGGCGAGCUGAGUCGGCGAGCCUAGUCCCUGCUGCUCACGCCACGGAGCGACCCGACACGUCAGAGCGCCAGGUCGUGCUCUCGCCGUUGCAAAACAACGCCCGCUCGUGUAUUCUCGGCUUGGCCGUAGCGUAG